UUCGCUGAGUGUCAAGGAAAAGCUGAGACAGUCUAAGCCCGUGCAGCUGCAUGUUUCCCCAGCCGAUUUCUGGGGUCCAGCGCGCCUCAGCCUCCGGCCCUUCUCCCCGCCGCUGGGGAUUCUAGGAGACAACGUCGCGGGUCUCGGGUGGCUCGUCACGUUUCCAGAACCCGCGGUGCUGGGAGGUGAGCUGGGCCUGGCUUUGCGUGGGAGCAAGAGCACUAGAGAUAUACCAGUGGACCCAACAAAUCCUUGCUCUCUUAGAUCUACACCAUUGAUUGGAAAGACAACUGACUUUGUUCUCCAAAAGAGAAAAUUGAAGAAGGAAGGAAGAAUGGCUGUUGGACUGUGUGAAUCCCAGGGGUUGGUAACCUUUAGGGAUGUGGCUCUAGGUUUUUCCCAAGAAGAGUGGGAAUGGCUGAGCCCAUCUCAGAAGGCUUUAUACAGAGAUGUCAUGUUGGAGAACUACGGGAAUUUGGUAUGGCUUGGACUCUCCAUUUCCAAGCCCAACAUGAUCUCCUUAUUGGAGCAAGGGAAGGAACCUUGGAUAGUGGAGAGAGAGAUGUCAGAUGGUCAAUAUACAGACUUGGAGUCUUGGUAUGAAAUUAAGGAAUUAUCUCCAAAAUGGUACAUUGAUGAUGAAGAGGAAAUAUCUCAGAGCAUAGUAAUGGAGAGACUUAUAAGUCAUGACAUUGAAUGCUUGGGUUUCAGAAAAACUUGGAAAUAUAAGUGUGAAUUUGAGAAGCGGCAUGGAAAUCAGGAGAGGCAUUUCAGGCAAGUGGCAAGUCUUAAGGAAAUCUAUGCUAUGAAAAGAGACAAUGGCUAUAAUAAUUCUGAAAGAAGUAUUAUCUUGAAGUCAGUACUUUUAACACAACAGAGGGUUCCCACAGUACAGCCAGUACAUCAAUUUGAUAUUUAUGAUCAAAUGUUCCCCCCAAAUUCAGUCCCAGUGGAGCACAAAAGACGUGCUGAGAAGGAAUCUUUAAUAGGUAAUGAAUAUGAAAAAUUUAACCAGAGUUCAUACCUUAGUAAAGCUAGAGGAAUUCCUCCUGGGGAAAAACAUUAUGAAAGUAAUGAUUUUUCAAAUCUCUUAAGUUUCCACUCAUUAUUUACUCAACGUCAAACAACACAUUUUGGAAAAUUACCCAAUGAAUGUUGCAAUGCCUUUAGCUGUUACUCAUUCUUUACUCAACCUCAGAUAAUUCACAGUGCAGAGAAACCUCAUGCAUGCAAUGACUGUGGAAAAGCCUUUAACCAUGACUUCUUUCUCAGUGAACAUCAGAGAACUGAUAUUGGAGAGAAAACAUAUGAAUGUAAGGAAUGUAACAAAGCCUUUAGACAGAGUGCACAUCUUGCUCAACAUCAGAGAAUCCACACUGGAGAAAAACCCUUUACAUGCAAUGAAUGUGGAAAGGCCUUUAGUCGUUUUGCCUUCCUUGUUGAACAUCAAAGAAUUCACACAGGAGAGAAACCAUAUGAAUGUAAGGAAUGUAACAAAACCUUCAGACAGAGUGCACAUCUUAAUCAACAUCAGAGAAUUCACACUGGAGAGAAACCCUAUGAAUGUAAUCAGUGUGGAAAAGCCUUUAGCCGACGCAUAGCCCUUACUCUGCAUCAAAGAAUUCAUACAGGAGAGAAACCCUUUAAAUGUAAUGAAUGUGGGAAGACCUUUGGCUAUCGCUCACACCUUAAUCAACAUCAUAGAAUUCAUACUGGAGAGAAGCCCUAUGAGUGCAUCAAAUGUGGGAAGUUUUUUCGAACUGAUUCACAACUUAAUCGACAUCAUAGAAUUCAUACUGGAGAGAGACCUUUUGAAUGCAGUAAAUGUGGGAAAGCCUUUAGUGAUGCUUUAGUUCUAAUUCAUCAUAAGAGAAGUCAUGCAGGAGAGAAACCCUAUAAAUGUAACAAAUGUGGGAAGGCCUUCAGUUGUGGCUCAUACCUUAAUCAACAUCAGAGAGUUCAUACUGGGGAGAAACCCUAUGAAUGCAAUGAAUGUGGGAAAGCUUUCCAUCAGAUCUUGUCCCUUAGGCUACACCAGAGGAUUCAUGUUGGAGAAAAACCCUAUAACUGUUAAUGAAUGUGGGAAUGAUUUUAGCUAUGCCUUAGCCCUUAGACAGCAUCAGUAAAUUCAUAAUUAAACUCUCUGAUUAUAACAAGGACUAGAGGCGUGGUGCAUGAAUUUGUGCACCAGCGGGUCCCUCGGCCUGGCCUGCGGGAUUGGGCGGAAACCAGCUCUCCGACACCCGCCGAGGGGUCCCGGAUUGUGAGAGGGUUCAGGCCAAGUCAAGGGACCCCACCAGUGCACGAUCAGGGCCAGGGAGGGAUGUGGGAGUUUGGCCAGCCAGGGAGGGGCCACGGGAGGGCACCAGGGCAUGUCUGGUCUGUCUCGUUCAGUCCCGAUCAGAUGGACCCCAGCAGCAAGCUAAUCUAUGUGUCAGAGCGUCUGCCCCCUGGUGGUCAGUGCAUGUCAUAACAAGUGAUAGAGUGGCCUUAGCAUAUCAUCAGCAUAUUAUGCUUUGAUUGAUUGAACGGCCGAUCAUGGCCAGACAUGUACCAUAUUAGGCUUUUAUUAUAUAGGAUAAGAAAGAGAACCUUUAGUCACCACUAAGUCCUUAUUAAACAAAUAUCAGUAACUUAUUUGGUUGGUAUUCCAUGAAUGUAGUACAUAUGGAAAAGUUUCAGUUCAUGAGCAUCCUUUAUUUGAAAUAGCCUGAGUAGUAGAUAAGUUACUUUGUGAUAUAUUACUAUGCCUUGAGACUUUCCUCCCCAUAAAUGCAUAUGAUUCUGGUGCCAUUAUUAAUCAGUGAAAGCAGUGUAUUGGUCAUAGGCUGACCAGUUAUUAUUUUCCUCAACCUAGCAAUUAAGGGAUUAAUAGCCCUGUCUAGAUCAAUAGAGCCAGAGGGUAAGUAUUAUUAUGGGUAGUAAAAGAAAUUGCAAAGUUUCAAGGAUUUAGUAAGGUUACAAACUCAUCAGCAGUUUUCUUUGCCAUUACAUGAGAAAAGCUUUUCCAAGACAAACAACACAGAGGAAAGUGGAGCUGAGAGACAGAAAUGUGAUGACAUUGUUUGAUCUCUUGGAUCCAGUCAUGUCUGAAGUCUAUGCCAUCUUUCACUUUUUCAUUUUUGUGAUCCAAUACAUUUCUUUCCUUUUUUUUUUCUUUAGUUAAUUUGAAUUGUAUUUUUGUCUUUUGGAAUUAGAGUCCUUACGCAUAUAUUGUAUGUUUUCUACUUAUGUAAGAAAGCCUUGAUUUAAAAAAAUAUAUAUCUUUUUAUUGAUUUCAGAGAGAAAGGGAGAGGGGGAGAGAGAGAUAGAAACAUCAAUGAUGAGAAAGAAUCAUUGAUCAGCUGCCUCCUGCACGCCCCCUACUGGGGAUCAAGCCUGCAGCCUGGGCAUGUGCUCUGACUGGGAAUCAAACUGUGAACUCCUGGUUCAUAGAUUGGUGCUCAACCACUGAGUCACACUGGCUGGGUUUGAUUUUUUUAUAUUGCAUAAUUAUUUAUCCUAAGGAGAAACUCUGAUAUAACAAAUAUAUCAAAGUUGAAUACAAAGUAGUCAUAAAAUUGAGAGAAUUACUUCAUUUUAUUAGUUGAUAAAAAUUAAUUUUGUAUUAUUCUGUUUCACAAUAGGGAUGAAUUUUUUUUUUACCAGUGCAUUGUGUUUAUUUUUAUAUUUACAGGCAAAGGACUAUAACAGGAUACUUCUUAGUUAAAUGUACUUAUAAUAUUGUAGAAUUACUUUUCUUAAGGCAAAGCUGAUGCAAGGAAACUUUUUUUUAAAUAAAGUAAUACAAUGUCAAUACACACAACAACAUGGAAAAUCUCAUUAUGCUAAAUGAAAGAAGUCAAAUACAAAGAUUGCCUGCACUAUGGUUUCAUUUAGGGGAAAUUACUGAAAAGGCAAAAAAUUCACCUAGUGACACUCUUUAUCAGGCUUUUGUAUAAGGAAUUAAAAACAUUUGUGAUAGUGACUCACCAUGGGCCUUCAAAGAAAGAAUGACUAGCUAAGAGAAUAACGGAUCUAUUGGUUUAAUGAAUGACCCCCCCUUUUUUUUUUUGAGGGGAAAAAUACCAAAAUUUAUUUUCCAACAGUCAGCAUCAGCAGGUAAAACUACAAGGUUUUCUCCGUAGAUUGUACAUUCACAAGGCAUAACAGUGAGAAAGCCUCUGGCAUGUCCUCUGUAACAAUAUCCACUUCACAGUGUAAACAGGUUCUAGUAUUGUGUUCAUUUACAAUUUCAGAAGGAAAGGCACAACUUGGCAAAAUAAUAUAUAUAUUUUUUUAUCCUGAAGUCAGCUGCAAUAACUCAGAGACCAUCUUUUGAUACACAUUUUGAUGUACAUUUCCACAUUGAGGGGAAAGACUCAGAAACCAGGGUCUUUCCUUCUUCUUCCUCAUUAAACCAUCAGAGCAAAGUUUCAGCAUUUGCUUAUUAUAUAUGCAAGAAAAGGAUUAAAAAAAUUACAAAACAUCUUGAAGGUCCAGCCGCUCCCACCAAUACAUCAACUCUUAGGCUUAAGACAGGGACUGGGAACACUUUCAGCGGUCAUAAAAUAGGAAAAGAGAAACUAAAGCUACAAAAAUAAAAAAUAAAUGAGGUAGAUAAAUUAAAGCUUUCAUACCCAGGACUCACCUGUUCCAACUUUGUAACCUUCAUGCAGUACUCACGGGGGAAAAGAAUUUUCACAAUUACUUGGUAUAAGUCACAUCAAAAUUUUUAUAAAAAUUGGUAUGUGAACCUCUUAUCAGAAACAUACCCUCCAUGAGUUUCUUCAAUAAUGAAAGACUCAUUUCUUCGCUAGAGUAGGCACUGGUGAACUAAAUCAAGUCACCUGAGGUCCCCUGCUCAGGUGCCCACCUGUCCUGGUGUUCAGGAAGACGGCAUCUGGAAGCAGGGAAGAUAUUGGCACUCUUAGGGCUCCAACUGAACUGUAUUUCAACAAACAGCAACACACACAUUGACUCCCGAGGGACUAAGAUCAUCCAUUGGAGGGCAUCCUACUCACAGUCCCAAGGUUGAAGUAAUUUUGUAAUUCCACACCUUAGUUAAUAAUAAAAAGAAAGUACAUUCAAAAAGGAAACAAAACAAAAGAUGGGUGCAGGGUUGAGGGACAUACAAAGCAGGCCACCAAGGACGACAGACCUAGUCCAUUUACCCGCACACAGUCCCAGAAGUAUGCAGCUCCCCCUCCCCAGUUAGGCUAAGCAGUUUCUUUCCCAUCAUGGUUUAGUAAGUUCCAACUUGAAACAGGGGACAAUCUUUGGACAUAGUUCCU